GAGUGGAACGCGGUCGACGCUGAGCCGCGUCUGCCCGUGGCCCGUGCGUCGUCGUCGUCGUACUCCGUCACCGUACGCGCGCGACACGUUACAUUUGUCCGCCGCGAGAUAACGAGAUAAUACUGCACGCACACACAUACACACUCACACAUAUUAUAUCGGCGAGAUAACUGCCGUUGGUGGUGGUGCUGCUGGCGGUGGCCGCGGUGGUGGUGCAGUAUACGCGGAAACGGCACAGUCGUUGCCGUCGCGGUGCUCUACGUAGCGCCGCGCGAAGGUACACGCAUACUGUAUAAUAUACAUCACGCACACACGCGCCCGCGCGCGCUCGCACGGCUACGCGGUACACAUUUCGUGCGUCGCGUUUCUCGGUGUACACAGUACGAUCGUUGCAGUCAGUCGUCGUCCGACGUGUGUGCGGCGCGUUUCGUCCGAAAUAAUAUUUGAUGCCUGUAUACUAUUAUUUCAUAUUUUUUUAAGAACAUAAUUGAUGAGACAUAAUAUAUAUAGUAUAACAUCAUAUUAUUAUAUUAUUGUACAUUUUUUUUCGUCGUAGAACGCGUGUGACGAACCUAUGGCGAACUGAACUCGCCGGUGGUUUUUUUCCCUCCGUGUCGUGUACCGGUCGGUCCGGUUAACCGCUGUCCCGGCGCCAGGAAAUUUAGACAUAAUAAUAUUAUUAUGAUCGUGUGGUAAACGGCGGCGCGCGUGUGUUGCUGUUACCGUUGUUGUUGCCUGUUAUUGUUGCUGUCGUCAGACAACGUGCGACGGAUACGCGACUGACGACAUGAAGAAGUUCACGUUCAAAGGUGUUUUGGACGGUAUACGGUCCUCGGUGGCGCCGCAGAUCAAACCCGACCAGGAUAUUGUCGAGACGCUCCGGCCCGACUACUUCCAAGUGGCCAAGACGUUUCGUCAUGGUUUUCCGUACCAGCCGACUGCUCUUGCAUUUGACCCCAUACAACGAUUGUUGGCCAUUGGUACUAAAAAUGGAUCUUUACGAAUAAUUGGAAGACCUGGAGUAGAUGCACAGGUUAGACACGAAUUAGAGGCGGCCGUUGUUCAGGUGGAGUUUCUGAUGAACGAAGGAGCGUUGAUCACGGUAACCGCUGACGAUAGUUUACACCUAUGGAAUUUCAGACAAAAAAGAGCUGACGUUGUUCACAGUUUAAAAUUUCAACGAGAAAGAAUUACAGUUAUACACCUUCCACUCCGUAGCAAGUGGCUGUACGUGGGCUCGGAAAGGGGAAAUGUACAUUUCGUCAACGUUGAGACGUUUACCCUUUCUGGCUACAUAAUAAAUUGGAAUAAAGCCAUUGAAGUGACCAGACCCACUCAUCCAGGACCCAUCGUGCACCUGAGCGAUAAUCCUGCAGAUUCCAGCAAGUUACUCAUUGGCUUUGAGACUGGUCUAAUGGUGUUGUGGGACCUGAAGACAAAGAAACCCGAAUGCCGCUGGCAAUGGGGUGACUCGCUCAAGUCAAUAGAUUGGCAUUUUGAAGGAAAACAGUUUACGUGCAGUCACAAUGAUGGCAGUCUAACCACGUGGAAUGUCAAGCCGUCUUCAAAACCAGCAAAUAUAAUUUAUCCUCACGCAAAAAAUAAAACAGAAUCAUGCAAGCCAAUACAAAAAGUCGAAUGGAAAUCAUCAAAAUCUGGCGAAUCGUAUUUGAUAUUUUCCGGAGGGUUGACCGCCGAUACUGCUGGCCGCGUGCCCAGUAUAACGAUCAUGCACGGGAAAACGACUACCGUUCUCGAAAUGGACCACAACAUCGUCGACUUCGUUACGCUGUGCGAAAGUCCUUACAACAGCGACGUCCAAGAACCGUAUGCCGUAGCAGUGCUCAUGCAAAACGAUCUAGUGUUGAUCGACCUCCUCAGUUCAGGAUACCCGUGUUUUGAGAACCCACAUCCGAUGGACAUUCACGAGUCACCCGUUUCGUGCGUCCAUUACAUCGCCGAUUGUCCGUCGGACCUGAUACCGGCGUUCUAUUCGGUCGGCUCGAGAUCUGCAUCUAAACGGACUGGCUACAGCGAGAAUAAGUGGCCCAUUGCUGGCGGUGAGUGGAGCCCAACAUCCUGCAGCUACAACGAGAUUAUUCUCACUGGGCACACGGAUGGUAGCGUUCGGUUUUGGGACGCGAGUGCCGGCAGUCUACAAGUACUGUACAAACUGAAAACUGCCAAGGUAUUCGAAAAGGCCAGGUCAAAGUCACCAGAAGGCGGUGACGAAGAUCAAUUUUCCGUGCAACUGUUGUCGUUCUGUCCGGAGAGCAGAAAAUUAGCAGUUGCCGGCAUCUCGUCGUACGUCGUGUUAUUCAAAUUCCGCAAACUUGAGUCCACGUUCGAAACCACGACGCUUGAAAUACCGAUAUACUCGGAGAGUCUGGACGAGGCCGCCGAGAGCUCACCGGAAGAAGCGCCAUCGAAACCGCCGGGCGCGUCCGACGAUAGUUCCGCGCUGGUCAAGGUCCGAACCGGGCCUCAGAAGAAACCACCCGGCUUCCAAGCAUGUCUGGCGUGCGUGACGCCCUCCACCAAUGGCGAACCACCUGGUCAGAUUACCGCCCUCACGAUUAAUUCAUCGUACGGACUGCUCGCCUACGGUCUGGAUAAUGGUAUUGUGAUAGUAGACUUUAUACAAAAAUGUGUUCUCUUAAACAUCAGCACUGCCGACAUGUACGGCAGUGCGGACCCAUACCAAAGAGCUCCCAGGUCGCCAAAACGAACAACCGCUUUGAGCGAGACCAGCGACGGCGAACGAUGUCGGUCCCCCAGUAUCGAUCAGGGCCUCGAAGACGAAGCCGAGGAACUGGAAGAACUCUGCAAACUGGCCUUGAGCCCGGUGGACGUGUACUCAAGCCAGGUAUCACUGAAUCCCGCCGAUUGGCUGGACGACACGACCGAGCGGGCGGAAGAGGCGCUCGUCCUAAUACCGGCCGCUGCGCCGGAACCCGAGGAACUGGCGGAACCUGGAGAACCACCCCUGCAGCCGACGCCACCGACGGUUACUGCGUCUUCGGAACCGGCCACCCCUGCGCCGGUCAAAGGAAACGGCCGUCGGACCAGUCACUCGUGGCGGGGCUUGAAGAAACAGCUGAGUCGCGUCGAUUUGAGACUGAAGAACACGUUCAACGCGACGCCAGCCAAAAACAAGGCGUCCACCUUCUACGGCAGCGGUGGCGGUGAACAACCGGAAACCGAUGAAGUCGGAAACAUCGGCACGGUAUCCACGACCGCCACGACCACGACCACCACUACCACCGGUCUACCUCAAAUCAUAACCGAAACCGAUGGUCAAGAACAUCGGCCGGACGGUGGUAGCACGCUGUCGCAGGCUGUUGAUCAAUCGUCUGCUUCGGCCGCGGCCACCAGGCCCACGGAGCUUAAGCUGUUUGACCGCGAUGGCAAGCCCAUUAAACCCCCACGGUCUACCAAAGAGCACCGGAAACGAACGUCACUGGACAAGCAGGGCAACCUGACAGCGGGGUCGUCGCGGGACGCCCGACUCUUGUCCGUGCCCAACAUCAAAUACAGCCAAAGGGACCCGAGACAUAAUCGAUCGAACAACCAAGCGUUCAUCAACCUCAUUAAACGACUAAACAAGUUGGACAGCUCGUUCUCCAGAUCACGGAGUUCUAGUAUGUCGAGCUUAGAUAACAUCACCACGGAAUCGAUACAGUGUUUGACGUUCGGCGAUUCGUACACGAAGAAAUCCGAUCCGUCUAACUUCCCGACCCUCUGGAUAGGCACCAGUGUGGGAUCGGUGCUCACAAUAAUGAUCAAUCUGCCACCUCCCGGAGAACCCAGAACCACGCAACCCGUAACCGUCGCCCCUUGUGGUACGAUAUUCAGACUGAAGGGCGGAGUGCUUACCAUGUCGUUUCUGGACUGCAACGGUGCAUUAAUACCCUACGCGUACGAAGCGUGGAGAGACGAGGGCCGAGACAAACAAAAAACGCCAACCAAAAACUCUAGCGGACUGAACCGUAUGUCACCAGCGCUAACGGGUAGCUCGGAGAGCGUGUCCAGCAAUCCCGGAGGCGUCGGCGGAUCGAGUGUCGCACAGCUCCAGCAACAGUCGCAGGUGUCGUGCGACCGGCAGUUCGUGACCAUCGUCAGUGAGAAACAGGUCAGGGUAGUGGCCCUGCCGUCACAGAACUGCGUCUCCAAACAUGUGAUACCCGACGCCGACUUCAUGGUCAAAUCUGAAGUCAUAUCCAUGAAAGAUAGCGUAUGCCUGGCAUGUUACAUAUCCAACGGCCAUAUAAACAUCUAUAGUCUGCCGAGUCUCAAGGUGCUGGUGGAUGUCGACUUCCUGGCGCUGUCCGAUCUAAGUUUUCAGACCCAGAAACAGGGCAUAGUUGACCCAAUGUUAUCCAUAUGGGGCCAACAGAUGUUUGUCAAUGAAGACACUGACCAAAUUGCCAAGACGUUUUGCUUCAGUAAUCGGGGACAUGGAUUAUUUUUGAACACGCCGUCUGAGGUGCAGAGAUUUUCUGUUUCCACCGAAUUCUGCCAAAGUCUACCGGAAAUGAUGGGUGAGCUGUUCCAACCUCACGAGAUGCCCGAACCGCCUAAGCAAAGUUUCUUUAUAGGACUUUUUGGAGGUGGCUCUAGAUCCAUCGACCGUGAAGAGCUAUUCGGUGAGUCUACCAGCGGUAAAGCACCGAAACUUGUGGCCAAACUUGUGCCCGGUCCGUCAGCCCAAUUAGACGCACUUGGCAAUCGAGCGAGCACGGCGGCCAGCGAAAUAUCGAGAGCCCAUCUAUUGGCUGUAGAACGUGGUGAGAAGCUCAGUAACCUAGAAGAUCGCACCGCUAGGAUGAUGAACGAAGCCGAACAGUUUUCCUCCAAUGCCCGAGAAUUGAUGAUGAAGAACAAGGACAAACGAUGGUACCAACUGUAAACCCAUCGAUUUAAUUUUGUCUUUCUCUUCCUCGGUAUAUAUACUAUCUCCCCACUCUUUCUUUUUCUCUCUUUCUUUCUCUAUAUAUAACUAUCUUACACAUAAUAUAUACACAAACGUAUUAAAAUGUCACCCACACACCGAAAAAUUGUAUUUAAAAAAAAAAUUUCCUUGUUAACAAAUUUCGCUUUAAAGGUAUAAAAAAAACUAUUUCGCUAAAUAUACUCUCGUGCCAUCUAAGUAAAUGUAAUGUUAGACGUUAAUUAACGUGGUUAUACAUAGUCUAAUAUAUACAUAUGUGCAUAUAUUAUACUAUUCAUCGAUUAAAUUAUUUGCGAUUUUAGUCGACCACAAGAACAUAAUAUUAUUAUUAUAUCGACACGCAGACAUACCAUCCCAUUACUAUAAUAGUAUUACGUCGAGGAACACAACAAUUUAUCGUCGUUCAUAACCAAUUUAUUCUCUUAAUUUCAACCGGAAAAUGAUACCACUCGUUGAUAAUAUGUGUAUAUGUAUAUAUAAAUGUGAGUACAUAUACAUUAUAUAUAUAUAGUGUAAUUAUUAUUUUAAGGAUAAUAAUAUAAACUCAUUAGUCAUUUGAUUGCAUAUUUAUAUUGUAUUACUCUUAAAAUAUGAUUAAAUCAACAUAAAAAACGGGCUGUGGUUGUAGUAAUAUAAGUAAGGUGUAUUUAAGUCAUAAAUAUAUUAAAUUUAUAGUUUCUUUAUAUAUAAUAUAUAUAUAUAGAAAUAAUAAUUCGCGGUUCUUACCAUAUGUGCUAAAUUAAUAGCGAUCGAGUAAGGAAAAUCAAAACUAAACAAGAUAUAUCUCAAUAGGUACCUAGAUUUUAAUGCCCGCCAGAUGUAUUUUUAUAAGAGUAUAUUGUAUACCUCUGCUAAAAGUUAAGUAUACCAAAAUCGUACAAUUACCAUCGUGUGUGUGUGAGUGUGGCAGGCUGUUGUGAUUAUUAUGAAGCGAUUUGUGCCUUAAAAGUAAGAUACUAUAUAUUAUAUACUAUAAUAUAUAGUCUACAGUGAAAUAAACUGUUUCUAGGGGCUAUUAAUAUUAUACUGUAGUGUAAAUUGUUAUAUUAUUAAUAUUUUCUUUGAUAUAUUUAUAAUCGAACGGGAUUUAUAUAGGUACGUUAUAGGUAAAUGUAAUAAUAAUAAUAAUAAGGGAAUCAUGAUGUGUUUUCUGUUUCACGAUAUUUGGCCUUCCGAAAUACGAACACGAUAUUAAAGUAUAAGUUUUAUUACUUAUUACGAUCGUAUAGAGCGUGAGGAAAAAAAUAAAAAUCUCUCCUAGUCUGAAUAAAUGCUGCUUUACCUCAACAAAAGUCUUUACCCUAAUAAUCGUUUUCCCAUUUUUUAAAGUCUAGUCAAAUAAUAUAAACGCCGCGUAACUGUAUCAAGAAUGAGUGAAUAUAAUAUUAUAUACGACCAAGUCAUACAGAAUUCGUUUGGGGAUCAAUACGUUUUAGCUUAUAUAUAUAUAUAUACAUAUUAUAUAUUUAUAUCUAUUUAUUAUAAUAAUAUAAUAAUAUAAAAUUAUUAUUAUUAUUACACUAAUUGUAGCUGUUAUAUUUUUUUCCAAAAUAUUUUCUCAUUUCGUACUUGUUUUUCUAUAGAUUAAAAAAUAAUAUUAUACUAUAAUGUAAGCAAAAUAACAUUAGUUUUAAUUUAAGAAUAUUUAUUUAUAACUACACUACAAUUAUGUGACGAUAAUUUUACGUUUCCCUGUACAUAUAUAUUAUACUAUAGUGAUAAUUAUAUUUAUGUGUACGGUAUGUGCGUCAAAUAUGGCUCUCGAAGGGUCUCGUCUCGGGUCUAUCGUGAUUUUCAUGUAGCUUUUUCGUCAUCUCAACAAGAACACAAAAAUAUUUACGGACGUCUAUUUUGUUUUCGUCAAAUAUAAUAUUAUUGUAUGUAUCAUACAACUUCUAAAUGAACCCGUCUUAACCAUUACGUAUAAUACCUGUCGUAUUAUUAUAUUUACUCCCACACGGCACAUUAUAUACGAUUAAAAAAACAUUAUUUUUUCCCCAACAUAAUGCAAUUUCCAUGCCCGUGCACAAUAAAACAUACGCGCACAUUACCUCGAACAAUUUUCCGCCAUAAUAGAACCGCCUGUCAAUGUUUUAAUUUCUUGUGCGUAAGUAAUUUUUUCCGACGAGUAAUUUUUCACGAUUCGCUCGCACGACCCUUUCCUUCUCUCCGGCUCAACGACGCCACCACUGGGAUAGGAAAAUCGUUAUUGAUGGAAAUUUGGCCCCGCAGGACCCGAGCGAGAUGCAACAGACAAGCCAUAAAUUACCUACCGGAAAAAAAGAAUAAUAAUAAGAAUGUGAUAUGAAAAAAUAAUAUAUAUAUAUACAAAAUCCACUGGUUAAAAAUUGUUCUGUUGACACUUAUUGUUUUUUUUAUCGUUUUAAAAUAUAUAUUAUAUCAUAUGUUUGUACAUACAUACAAUAUACAUACAUAAAUAUAUAUAUUUAUUUACUAAAGAUCGGUUAUUAGACAUGUUAUAUGUAUUUACACAAUAUAUAUAUAUAUAUUAUAUAUAUUUCAUAUUUAUACGUAUGUAUGUGAGUGUGUGUGUAUAAAUAACAUUGAGAUAUUAACCAGAUUUUUUUUUUAAUUUACAUAGAUUUUAACAUACGCGAAAAAGCAGAUGCGUUCAUUUCUAUCAUAUUGCACCCCACGCCUGGAAAAAAAUAUAUACCGUUGUCUUGUAUUUACGUAACUUAUUAAAAAUUCGAGUAAUAUUUCACUCGGAAAGCUCUAAUAUAUAUAUAUAUAUAUAUGUAUCACAAGUGUACUUUGAAUCAGAAAUCCAGUGUAUUGGAUAAAAUAAUAUAUUUUGAUUUUUCGAAUAGUAUAAUAAAUUCAACUGCAAACAUUUCUUGAUUGAAUACAUAAAUUAAAAUGACAAUAAAAAAAAGCGAGUGGGAAACGUACAUGUAUAAAAACAUAACUUUUAGAGUUUUUAAAAUAUAAGAAAAUAAUGAUUUAACUAUUAAUAUUAUAAUUCUCUAUAAUCCAGUCUUCCUAAAACUAGACAUAUUAUUGUAGGCUAAUAAUUUGGGCAAUAUUUCUAUCCCCUCCAUCCUUUCCUUCCCCCAAUUACAUUGCUAACACCAUCACUCGAAGCAACCGUAACCACAUAAUAAUAAUAUGUUAAAUUAUACAAUGUACGUUGUACAUGUAUGCGUUUGUUUUGUAUUACCUAUAUAUAUAAUAUACAUUAUUAUUAUUAUUAUUAUUAUUAUUAUUAUUAUUAUUAUAUGUUUAUCUGUGAAACAAUAUACAACAUUUAGGCACGUUAUUGAUCUGAUCUUUGAGUAUUCGUAUUGAUAAUAUUAUUAUACAUAGAUAAAAAUUAAAAAUUAACAAUUACUCUCGUACUUCAAAACACUUAAAUAACAAUGAAGUACGUAAACAAUACCUUUAUAUAUAUUAUAUAUAUAAUUAUAUUGUAUAAGGUAUGUUAAAAGUUUAAUAAUAUUACAACUUUUUGUAGUCUAUUGCGCGAAAUCAAAAUAAUGAAUAUAGCUACGCGUUAUUUAUUUUCAACAAUAAUAAUAAUAUACCAAAUAAUAUUACAGUGAUAUAUAUUAUAUAAAUACAUGUUAUACAUUAAGGAUAAUCAUCAGACGGUCCCAAUAAUAGUCGUAGAGAUGUGGCGUCUGUGUAGGAUUUCUAUUUUAAAUAAAUGUAAAAACAAAAAAAAAAAAUAUAUAUAUAUAUAUAAAUAAUAAAUUACUAUACAAACGUUGGACUUUAUAACAAUUUAUUACGAUAUGAUAGAUAAUAUGGAAACUCAAAAGAAAAUAUGGCAUUUGUGUUAUGUAUAAAAAUCCGUAAAGUGAGUUAUAGUUGAUGACGACCGUCAUAAUAUGAAAAAUUAAAAAUACUUGUAUUUGAUUAGUAUAUAUGUAUGAUAAUAAUUAUUAAAAUGUUAUAGCUUCUAAAUGUUUAUGUUUUUUUUUUUUUUUUUUUUUAAGAAAAAAAAGAAUGUAAUUGAAUUUUUUAAAUAUAAAUAUCAAUUUUAUUUGCUAAAAAUAUUAUAUUAUUGUAAUGUUAGUAUUAGGUAAAAACCUAAUAUAAUUUUAUCGACUACCGUUAAAACAUUCUAUUGUUUGUAUAAUAAAAAUGCAAAACUAUUAUUUUAAA